AUGGCCAGCGAGGGCGAGGAGGUGGAAGGGCCCUAUGACGAUGACUUCGAGGAGGAGGAGCUUUCAGAGGACGAGGCGCCACCGAAAGCUGUGGCCGCUGAGGCUAAGCCGCCGAAAGCACCGGAAGCUGAGGCCGCCGCUUCUUCGCCCUCAUCGCCCUCGCGGCCGAGCGUGGUGCACCGGCACGAGGGUGGCGCAGGCGGCGCAGGUGAUUGGCCACGCAUCGAGCUGCGCCCCACCGGUGGCGCCACCGGCCCCCCGAGCGGGCGGCGGGUGCUGCGGGGGAAGAUCUCGGUGGGGGAAGAUGGAAGGCCUGGCACCGGAGACAGCUCGUCACGCUUGGAGGCGACCUCACCUCCGGUUAAGGACUCUCGUCCCCUGUGGCUGCAGCACGACGAGCGAGCAGCUGCCCCUCGCAGUCGGCCCACGCCUGCAGGCCCGGGCGUGGAGAGUGGCGCAGGCGAGGACGCCGCGCCGCGCGGGCGCCGCGGAACCGAGGAUCCGGCCGCUCCGGCCGACGACCAGCGGAAGGUGAAGCGAUUGCAGCAGGAGGUGCAAAGGCUCUCCCAGCGCUUGGCUGAAUCUGAAAUGUUUUCCCCUCAGGAUGAUGGUUUGCCGCGCUUCGCACUGGACGAAGUACAGGUGGGAGAGAUGAUCGCACAAGGGGGUUUUGCUUCGGUGCAUGUGGCCACCUGGCAAUGCACUCCGUGUGCUUUGAAGAAGAUCUUCGACCCCAUCCUGACCGAGGAGUUGAAGUCGGAGUUCGAGAAUGAGGUCCGGAUGCUGCGCAAGCUGCGGCAUCCCCACGUGGUGACCUUGAUGGCGGUUUGUCGAACUCCACCGGCCUUGAGCAUCCUCACGGAGCUGGUGCCUGGGGGAUCCCUCUUUGAGGCCUUGCAUGGCCCAGCUCGGUCCAGAAGUACGGACCACGCAGUGCUUCUGCCACUGCUGCGCCAGUCUGGAGCAGCGCUGGCCUAUUUGCAUGCGAUGAUGGUCGUGCAUCGGGACAUCAAGUCGCAGAAUGUACUUCUGACAGAAGGCAGUCGGCCCACGGCCAAGCUCUGUGAUUUCGGCUUGGCGCGCAUGCGCAGCGAACUCUGCACGGGGUCCAUGCAAUGGGCAGGCACGGCACCAUACAUGGCGCCGGAGCUCUUUCAAAAGAGGAAGUACGAUGAGACCGUGGAUGUCUUCGCCUUCGGAACGAUGAUUUGGGAGGUGGUCUCACUCGAGAUCCCCCACGCCAACCUGGAUCCCGCCGACAUCGCGCACCGCGUGAAGAGCAAGGAGGUGGCAGUGGCUCUACGCGUGGGAGCAUAUGCCGAAGAACUUGGGGCACCGCAGGAGGACUGGAUCCCUUGGAGAUUUUGGACCCUCGACACCUUUGCCGCAAGCCCUGGUGGGUCUCGUGCAGCGGCGGUGCAGCGAUUUGAUGCGCUACGGCAACGUGUGCAGUGCCUUUUUGCAUCUAAAGCGCUGCUUUGGGGCAACGAUUGGGCCGAAGCAGAGGAGGCUCUGGGCUGCGAGGUGACCUCGGAGGCCCUGCUGGUGGCCAAUGUGCAGCGGGCACUGCCCCGGUUCUUGCGCUUUUGCUCCGAAGUGAAGCACGGAGCGGCGCUGGAUGGUUUUGUCUUCGAGAUCCGAGGCCGUGAGUACUGCGCGGACCUGACCUCUUUCGCACGAACAGUGCGCCUUUUGCUGGCGAUGCUGAGCGCCGGUGAUCCCAGUGGUGCCCGGUGCUUCGCGCGGAAGGUGGCAGGAUCCGCAGGGCAGAGGGCGGAGUUCGCUCGAGAGCCCAUCUUCGUGACCAGCUUCGCUCCCUGCUACGGGGCUGAGAACCCGCGGUACCAGUUCAAUCAACAUCCGGAGUCCUGCUUCAUCCUCUUUCAGCCUGAAGAGUCCUUCCUGCGCCACGACUUGCCUCCAGACAAGCCUCGCAGAGAGACCAACUGGGAUCAUCCCGUGGACAUCCGGGACCGAAUCCGCAGCAACUUCCGGCGCCACGGCCGCGAGUACCGGAUCCCGGAGACCACGCAAUAUCCCCCGGCAGAGUUCAUCGUGGCGCCGAGCGAAGAGCCAGAGCCGAGUCCGGCGGUUGCCCGAGGGUUUGAUUCUGCCGCUGCCUACGACCCGGAUUGGUACACCAAAGUCCACCCGCAGCGGAAGAACGAAGAACACAUGGCGGGAUCGCGCAAGAUUGCGGGGCCCUACAUUUGGCACGUGAAGGAUGAAGAGCCCUUGAAGACCAAGCGCUCAGUUCAAAAGCAUUGGCGCACACCCUACUUCUUGGAGAAGAGUUUGGCCAACCGCAUGGAAGCGAAUGAAUCCUUUGAGUUUUGGUUCUCGCUGGCGGGCGGGGGCACCUUUAGCCAUGCGGACUCCUAUUGUGAGACCACCAUCUCCAUGCAGUUCAAGGGGAAGAAGCGCUGGCGGAUCCAGGCCUUUCCGGAGAUCCGACAUCACUUCAACGCCACGGCCUUUGGAGAUGAACAGAUCUACGGACAUCGGCAGCAUGUGCCGUGGACGCCGGAGACGGAGUUCACCGUCGGCCCGGGGCAGUGCUUUGUGUUUCCAACGGGUUAUCUCCAUGAGACCUUUGUGGAUCCCGAUGGGAACGACCAGAAGUGCUACACGGCCUCCACCUACCAGUUCAACCAUCCCAGACAAGUGAACCUGUACCGAGCCUUCAUGAGUCGCUUCUCCAUGGCACACUAUGGCUUAGGGGAGCCAUGCCUCGAAAAGAUCGAGUCCUAUGCCACCUUGCUACAAGAGCCCAAGAGGUUUCUGGCGGCUCCCGACCAGGAGCAGAUGACCGCUCAGGCACCAGGCCUUUCUGCCACGGCGGAAGGACCUGGGCGUGGCUUUGUGGCGAAGGGAAUGCCCGGCUGA